AUGGAAAUUGUAUCCACAUGCCCUCAUACUUCAUGUGUGCUUUCUUCACUAAAAGGUCUUUCCAACGGCCUUUCAUACGGCGCUAAAGUCCGAUUUACUCACUCCCUCGUAAUUGCUUUGCUUUUUGGCAGGCAACCAUGAAUAAAAAGAGUCCAGCAAAUAAUUUCAAACACUAUUGAGCACUCCACACGCCUAGGCUUAUAUGUUUUUCUCUAUAAAACGAUACUAUGCAUAGUAACAAGAAUUAGAAAAGUUAGAACUCCUAUAAAUUCAGCUAUUGCUGGUGCUAUAGCUGGCUACUGUAUGUUUUCAAAAGAAACCAAUGUAAAUGUGCAGAUUAUUUUAUAUUUGUUUUCAAGAGUUCUGACCUCUGGUGUAGGGCUUUUAUAUAAGAAAGGAUUAAUACCAAAAUCACUAUUUUUAGAAAAUACAAAUUUUGCGAUUUUGACUACUAUAUGCUGGUCUAUUGUUAUGUAUUUAUACUAUUCUCUUUUCAAUUGCCCAGUAAGGGCAAGGGCAAGAGAUUGAAGAGGGAAAUUCUCCAGUUGGUUGGAUCAAAUCAGGCUGGUCAAAACAUCUGGAGAAAGGCCGAAAUAACUGGAGAGUUUCCUUCUUCAAUCUCCCGGGCAAUUGAUAGGAGAAGAGUAUAUUUGAAGAAAGAAAAGAGUCAUUGCAAACGUCAUUAGUGCAUUCGAUGACAUUUUUGUAUAAGGACUCAGAAGUAUGGAAAGAUUGGUAUGAUGCACUGCCUUUUCCAGAUUUUUUUAGGAAUUUAUUAACUAAACAUAAAUAA